AUGGCUGCCAAGACCAAUCCCAUCGAUACAAUCCUUCAGAGGGUAAACGGCCUUGACAUUUCCAACGAGAAUGGCCUUCGCGAGUUCAUGAAUUUGGCUCGGAAGCACGACAAGGAGCUCUUUGAGAAUGUCCUUAAGAGAUACUCGGUCGAUCAACAGAGAAUGCUGCUUACCUUUGCGGAAGGUCGCUGUCUACAUGAAUUAGCUACAGAUGUUCCAUGCCGCCUACCCACGUCUGUCGGUUACCAGCAGAGUCUCGAGCUCCUGGGUGCAGGCGCAAAUGUUACGGAAUCAGGUGCCAAACCGGUCGAUCUCAUGCUCCAUGACCCGGGCAGCAAUACUCUAGUGCCAUGCUUCGAAGGGUUGAGCUUUCAAAACUGGGGCAAGACUGUUGAGAACUCUCCCCACUUGACUUGCAUUCCUGGAACUGUUCGCGGCGUUCAAAUGGUUGUCAAGUAUGCCAAAGCUCACAACUAUGGCGUUCGAGUCGCCGGAUAUCGUCAUUCGUGGUCUUCCAUCUUUGGACGUGAGAAUGCCGAUAAGAGUCACCCAUUCAUCCUCAUAUCUACGUUACCGCUUGAUCGAGCCAUCCUUCAAGGGCCGAAGAAGGGACAGGGAGUUUUUGACUUCGAUCAGGAUCUCCGAAACAAAGAGGCUGAGGGCUACUACGCUUCUAUUAAAACGGAGCUGAAUGAGAUCAAAGAGGUGCCGGACCAUCCAGGUCUCGUCCGCGUGGGCUGUGCAACGACCAACGAGGACUUCAGGAGAUGGUGCCUGCAGAACAAAAAGUGGACGUUGCCGCUCAAUGUGAUUAUGGUAGAGAUCACAUUCGGUGGGAGUAAUGCCCCAAUUUGUCACGGCGCAGGACACAAGUUGAAGACCCUCAGCGAUUUAGUCGAAGGGAUCGAGUAUGUUGAUGCAAACGGCGAGAGCAAGAGGAUCGAUAAAUCAGCAAACGGCAAUGACAUGCUCGCAGCUGCGAGUGGCUGCUUUGGACUGCUCGGUGUUGUCACCCACUUGACUCUCCGGCUAGAGAAGAUGUCAGUCGCUAAACUGGAGCCCAAGAAAAUGCACAUCCUGGAAGCCAUUCCACCACCUGACGACAUGGCAUCCGACCUUCCUGCCACUCUCAAGAAAAAGUAUGAAACACUAAAGCCCAAACUUCAAAAAUUGGUCAAUGACUUUGAGAAACGCGCUCUUGAAGAUUACUAUGCUGAGUGGUUCUGGUUUCCGCUCCACGAACAAGUCUGGGUCAAUACGUGGCGUCUGACCACUGAAGAUGCCGAGAUGAAGAAGGCUAAGCCAUAUCCUUCGGACACAGAGAUUCAAGACCAAGCCGUUAAGAGCUUUGCGAUCGAGUGGGCCCAUGAAAGCGCACCCAGAGCCACAGAUGAGGACGCAGUAAAGGCGACCACUUGGCUGUCUACCACGGCGAUGAAUGUGCUUCCGCCAACGAACAAUUUGGACAGCCACAUUCUCACACCACUCUCUGAUGCGCUCCACUUUCGCCGCGGAAUUCAGAAUUUCCGGGUCAGGGAUCUAGAGGUGGAAAUACCCCUUCCAGCUAAGCCCGACGAUGCCAGCAAACCCAACCUGGAUAUUGCUCGAAGAGCCUGGUGGCAGGCUAUUCUUGAGGUAUAUAAACCCGAGACAAUGAAAACGUGCCCUAUGCGCAUGCCGCUCGAGAUGCGGAUUAUGGGAGGCAGCGACGUAAUCAUGGCACCGCAGAGGGGUAACAAGCUCGGAACUUGCUCGAUUGAAGUACUGACCCCGCUAUACAUGGCGGACGAAUGGGAGCAGUUUGCCCAGAAGAUACUUGACCGUUGGAUGGCGCUGAAGAAUCAUGACAACUCGUGGAAAGACCUGAAUAUUAGACCGCACUGGGCUAAGGAAUGGCAGCAGUAUAAGGUGGACGGAAAGCCCUGGAUGGAUCAUCUCCGAUCGAAAAGUUAUACGAAUGAAAUCAUCGAAUUUAAGAAUGCCCUGAAAAAGAUUGAGCAUGAGCAUGGAUGGGCGGAGGAAGACAGACGCAAGCUCUUCUCGAAUGAGCUCUUGGAUAAGUUGCUCUUUGGGUAG